AUGCCAACAAAAAGAAAGUUUUCUGCCAAAUUUCCCACGGCACGUAUUAAGAAAAUUAUGCAGUUAGAUGAUGAGAUUGGCAAGUUGUCGGCGACUGUUCCUCCUGUUGUUUCCAGAGCAUUGGAAUUAUUUGUCAUGCAGCUAAUGACAACGGCGUACAACUUGACCACCUCUCGGAGUUCUAAAACCAUUCUACCUAUUUACCUGAAGGAGGCCAUAGAAUCAGAAGAAGUUUUCGCAUUUCUCAAACCCUUAGUGGCUCACAUUGCUACGGAAGAGACUGUUGAUGGAAAGUCAAAAGCUAGAAAUGGUACUGUUGGUAGAAAACGAAAGUUCGAAGAGAAUCAUUCAGCUCAUCCCCCAUUCGAUGAACCUGGUCACUCAAAUGGCAAACGAAAAUACACACGAAGAAAGACCUCUGAUGCAAUUCCCGAAGGGGACGUAGCAGAAGAUUGUUAA